AAGCAGAUCGACAUGGAAAUGCUUGGAAGCGGAAAACUUGUUCAGCUUUUAGUUGUGGCAUUGCUGGCGGCCUUGACCCUGGCGGAUUCCCAAUGCGGUCGCCUCGAGGAGAAAUUGAUGUACACCACUGCCAUUAAGACGGAGCCCUCCGAGAUGCCCUGGAUAGGUCUCUUGGCGGAAGACAAAGGUGGUCACUAUGAGAAGGCAGGAUGCUCUGUGGUCAUCGUCAACGAGCUGCACGUCCUCACCACUGCCAGUUGCAUGAAGCCCUUCAAGACCCGGUCAGGGAACACCAACGCUGUGGUUCUCUUGGGCAUGUAUGACUCAAAUCUUACGCCGGGGGAUGAGCUUGACUGCAAUUCUCUGGGCUUCUGUACGCCGCGUCCUGUGCCGCGCAUUGUCAACAGGAUCACGGUGCACCCGAAUUCAGACAAGGACACCGGCGACUACAACCUGGCUGUCUUGCGUCUGUCGGAGCCAGUCAAGUGGAACAAUUGGAUUCAGCCGAUCUGCAUGCAGGGUGGGUCGGAGCCGGAGUCAUUGAUCAAUCGCAACCUGCACUAUGCAGGCUUCAACUCAGGCGACUCGCGCAAGGGUAAGGGACUGGCCAUGACGGUGUCCCGGCGGAAGUGCAAAUCUCUGAUAGCCGGCACUGAGUCCAUUCUGCCUCCGGAGUACCAGCUGUGCGGCUUCCCUGCGAAGCGUACCAAGUACUUUCCGGGUGCACCGCUCAUGGACGUCGAUGUGCAGCGCGAUGUGCCGCAUAGCUUCUACCUGGUAGCAUUGCUCGUAAGGACUGUGGAUUCCGGGGAUGCCACCACACAAAUCUAUCAGGAUGUGCGCCAAGCCCGCUCAUGGAUAAUGGAAAAGUCUGCGACGAAAUAGGCAGAUGCCACAACUCAUUGACAUAUUGCACAACGUUGCCAAUGAAUAUGUAUUAGCAAAUCUCCAAUAAAUUUACCUUCGAGGAAGCAAGA